AGCUCAAGUUCUGCAAAACCCAACGGUGGUUUGUCCACACAGGUUCUGAAAAGGAGCCAGGUACUGGCUAACCAACACAACCGGCCGAAUGCAGUUCAACCCUUUCUCUCAGGACACUUGGAGACAUGGACACCGCCGUGCCUACUCCAACGUCUCUGAAAGGCUGUCUUGCUUGACUCUCCAGGAGCCCAGUGUCAGCCGUCUUUACCAGAUUUUUUCUCCUGGAGACAGAAGAUCCUACCUGCUUGAUGACUCUUUAUCCAAUUCCAUCCAGCGAGAGUCCCUGGCUGUCCCCAUGGGGCUUGAGGACAGUGGCUCCAGGGGUCAGCAGAAGCAGCAGCAGCCCGGGGCUGUCCUUGAGGAUCUGGAAGAGCAGGAAAUCGCCCCGACAGAUGUGAAAUACCGCCUGCAGCUGCUCGAUGAGGCCCCAUUGCGGAGCAAGAGUUCCAGUGUACAAAGCCAGGGCCACAAGCCUGGAUGGAUCCCAUCCAGCAAAACCCACAGAGAGUGGUUCAAAUCCUGGAAGAUGGAUAUGACGUAUCCCGAGAAUGAGCGCUCCCAUUCAGGUCAUACCCAGGGCAGAAGGAUGACACCAAGAGCACAGCUGAGACAUGUGGAAUGUGACAGCCAGGACCAGGACACCCAAUCCUCAGUGUGGAGUCAAGCCCUCUUCCCUGGUCUAGACAAGAGCAGUCAGGGAGUCAUCCAAUGCACCCAGCAUGUGUCGAGGGAGAGGGAAAUGGUACCUGGUUGGUCCAUGACCCAUGCACCUCAAGAGAUGGGCCAGGCAAAGCAAGGACCAGCCUUCCUGAGGACGAAGGGAACCGCCAAGUUUAAUGUUGCUACAACAGCCAGGAUGUCCUGUCUGCCGCCUCUCAAGCUCCUGGAGAAAAAAGUGAAGAAUAGGUGUCCCCCCAACACACCUGGGAUCUUCCAAGACUGGAGAGCUCAGCCCCAAGGGCGCUACGGAAGCGACGAAAGACUCCUGGCGCCAUUUGAAGAUCAAGUCAACACGAGGGCCACAUAUAUGCCCUUGUUUACUGAAAAAGUGAAGUUUGUAAGCCCCAAGUCAGCUAUAUCAAACCCAAAACAAACACAUUCUCAACUGAGUAGGACAAAUCAACCAGGUAUGAGGGUCAGUUCAGGACCUGGACCUCAGGAAGAGGACAUCUGGAAAAAGGACUGCCUGAAUAAAUCUGGGAAGUCCUAA